AUAUCCUCAAAAACCUCUUCCCUUCUCUACUCUUCCCUAUCUAUACGUUUUAGGCUUUCUUGCUUUUUCUGCUCUUUCAUUCUUUAAGAGCUGAAGUUCUGCUGGUUUUUCUUGGCGUCUUUCUUGAUUUUUUCUUGGUUGUUUUUCUUCUUGGGUUAUUAGAGUGAUACUGAUAUCGCAAAAUAAUAACCCAUAAAGUCGAGAUCUUGGAAACCCCAUUGUUCUCGCAGCAAGAAAGAUCUAUUUGGUUUGGUACUGUUACUCUGCCAAAAUCUUGAAUCUUGAUGCUGCAAAAGUUUAUAUUAAUGUUUGAGAUUCAUGUCUCCAGUUCUUAGUGAAAUCCUUCGUUCCGGGUUUAUGAUCAAUUCCUCUCUAAGGCGCAGGACCCAUCUCGUUCAAUCUUUCUCUGUUGUUUUCCUUUACUGGUUCUAUGUUUUUUCAUAAAUAAUCUCUUCAUCACUGCCUCAAUCAUAUAGUAUAAUUAGCUACUAUAUAUAUAUAUAUAUUCAUAUAUUCUUAUAUUAAUUAAUCACCCAGAAAUUAUUAGUUGGUACUGGGUCCUGCGUCUUCAAGUUUUUAAGGUAAGAUCAAGAUUCAAGAUAUAAAUAAACAGGAUCUCAGAUUUAACUGAGAUUGUCAGUAGUAGUUGUAAAUAUAUACUAUAUAUAUAUCUCCAUGGCAUCCUCUAGUGGGAAUUCCUCAGGUUCCUCUCAGCUUCAGAACUCAGGAUCUGAAGAAGACAUGCAGGUUUUGAUGGAUCAAAGGAAAAGGAAGAGAAUGCUGUCAAAUAGAGAAUCUGCAAGAAGAUCAAGAAUGAGAAAACAGCAGCACCUUGAUGACUUGAUGUCACAAGUUUCACAACUAAGGAAAGACAACAGCCAAAUCCUUACAAGCAUCAAUAUCACUACACAGCAUUUCCUGAAUGUUGAGGCUGAAAACUCUAUUUUAAGGGCACAAAUGAUGGAACUUAGCCAGAGACUGGACUCUUUAAAUGAGAUCUUGAAUUAUAUCAACACUACAACAAGCAAUGGGAUUUAUGAAAUUGAUCAUCCUCCUCAUCAUCAUCAAGAUGCUACUGCUGUUGCUGCUGACAGUUUCAUGAACCCACUAAAUUUGAUCUAUCUUAACCAACCCAUCAUGGCAUCUCCGGAUUUGUUUCAAUAUUAAUGAGUGAUGAAAGCUAGGAAUUGGUCAAUUCAUGGUUGUCUUUCUGUUUUUUCUAAUGGGUGACGAGGGAUGUCCUGUUCAUGGUCUUAAAUGAGUGGAGAGAGGAAAAAUUAAAAGUAGCUUUCUCCUUCUCUACCUUUUUCAAUUUUAGCUAUUAUAUUGGAUGUUAGUUUAAUUAUUAGCUCCUAGGAUGAAGCAAUAUUGUCUAUGAGAGAUUAGCAGAAGAAAGCCAAAAAAAGAAAAAAAAAAAAGUGUACCUAAUUAUGAAGUAGAUGGAAAAUGGUGAUUGGUUUUUUGGCUUGUAAUGGAUCACUAGCCAUAAGUAUGGUGUGAAAGGCAAUAGGUGUAUUUAGUCUCUCAGCUUGUUAUGAAUUAGUAUAUAGUAAUGGUUCUCUUAA